AUGGGACCAGAAAAGCCACUUCCCCUAAGCGAUAACUGGAACACCACAGAAGAAUACAUCGAAUCUCUUCUGGACAUAGUCGGCAACAACGACCUCCUCCGCACCCUCUGCGGCGGCGUCCACAUCCUCGACUUCUUCACCAGCGACCCGGACCUCUACUCCCGCAUCUUACCCCAAGACUGGCGGGACUUCUUCGCUCAGCACAAGGUCGGCGAUAUUCUUGACCUCCUUCUCCGUGAAGAUGUUAAGGAUCUUUGGAAUGCUGUCGGUGAGACGUGGAAGGAUGGUGUUGCGCCUCCCGAGUCGCUGGUUAUGUAUAUAGAGACUGUGAGGAAGCACUUCCUACUCCGCCAUGUCAAGUCCUCACAAUGCGCGAGGAACAGGGCGAUGAAGCCUACGCAGAAGAUGGCGAGGCAUGUGGCGGUCGGUAUGACAAUCAAGAAGGUUCAUGAAGUCGGGUUGUUUGCUCGAUAUAUCUCCGACCUGACCGACGAGCUGUCCCAGUCUUCGAGAUCCGGUGAGAGUAGUGGAGUGUCCCAUCUAGUCGAUUUCGGCUCAGGGCAGAAUUAUCUCGGUCGUGCCUUGGCUAGUGAGCCUUACAACAAGAGUAUUGUAGCCAUUGAGUCUCGGUCGCAGAAUGCGGAAAGGGCGAAAGAAUUCGAUGUCAUGGCUAAGCUUACGACUAAGACGGCUCUAAUGAGGAACAAAAAGAUGUAUCGCGCUGGCGUUGAGGAAAUUGGUCUACCAGCGCCGCCUCCUGAGACGGUUCCGAGCGAAGGCGCGAAGGAGAUAGCAGCCACGAGUACCGCAGACUUAUCACUCGAUCCAGCAAUCGAAGCCUCCCCGAAUGUGAAGGGGACUAUACAGUACAUCGAACAUCGCAUACAAGACGGCAAUCUCGCGGACGUGAUCCAGCAGAUACCGCAAUCGAACCCGAGAUUAAUGAUCAUAUCCCUCCACUCCUGCGGCAACCUCCUUCACCACGGCCUACGCAGCUUAAUUCUCAAUCCAGCCGUGAAAGCCGUAGCAAUGGUUGGCUGCUGCCACAAUCUCCUGACCGAACGUCUCGAGCCAGCGACCUACAAACUGCCCUCCUUACGUCCUACGACCCAUGCUCAUCCCCGCUUACACGACACGGGAGACGCACAAGAUGAACACGGUUUCCCGAUGUCCGAGCGCUUGUGUCAAUAUAAUAACGGGCAUGGCACACGAUUGAAUAUCACAGCGCGCAUGAUGGCGGUCCAGGCGCCACAAAACUGGGCCGAGAAGGAUAGCGAGGCGUUCUUUACACGACACUUCUACCGCGCGCUUUUGCAGCGCGUAUUUCUCGAUCGAGGGAUCGUGGGACCGCCUUCAACGGAGCAUGAGGGCGGGAGUGCGCUGGGACAUAGUUCCGGGACACCUAUCAUCAUUGGCUCGUUGAGGAAAGCAUGUUAUACUUCCUUCGUCUCCUACGUCCGAGGCGCCGUGGCUAAAAUCAUCCUGAACUCGACUUCAGUCGAGCACGCGGCACCUUUCCAGAAGAAGAUGGAGACGAUGACGGAUGAGGAGAUCGAGGGAUAUGAGAUGGAGUUCAGGCAGAGGAAGAAGGAUCUCAGUGUUAUGUGGUCGCUUAUGGCUUUUUCGGCUGGGGUGGUCGAGGCGGCGAUUGUGGUUGACAGGUUCUUGUGGUUGAGGGAGCAGGAAGGGGUGGUUGCGGAGGCGUGGGUGGAGGCGGUGUUUGAGUAUGGGAUUAGUCCGAGGAACUUGGUUGUUGUUGGCGUGAAGAAGUGA